GAACGUGAGUGCGAAGCAGUUGGAGGGACCCAUUCCAGAUGCCAUUGGGAACCUCACCGCACUCACUCAACUGCAUCUCUCAAGCACCAAGCUCACCGGCUCUCUUCCAGCCACUGUGUCUCGCCUCACCCGCUUACAAGAACUAACUCUCAGUUUCAAUAGUUUAUCAGGCUCAAUCCCAGAAGGCAUUGCUGAUCUGGCUGUUCUCUCUAUCCUAUCUCUUCACAAGAACAAAAUCAGUGGCGCAAUGCCCUCAUCCAUCCUCUGCCUCACCAAUCUCACCUUGCUGAAUGUUGGAACCAACAAUCUAGAGGGCACAAUCCCUUCGGCCAUAUUCCACCUCACCAAGCUCGCCUUCUUGGACCUUCGAUGGAAUUUGUUCUCUGGCUCCAUCCCAACAGCAAUUUCUCGCCUCUCUCUCCUCUCCUACCUGUCUCUUGGCGGUAACAGACUCACUGGCACAAUCCCUUCAUCCAUCUUCAGUCUUACCAAACUUAUCUUGUUAGAGCUCCGCUGGAAUCAACUGUCAGGCACCAUUCCCGCAGCCAUCUCUCACCUGUCUGCCCUCUUGCACCUAGACCUCAGCUUUAACAUCAAAGUCACGGGCUCCAUUCCCCAUGAGAUGCAGAGCCUUACCAAGCUCCGAUUUCUAUACCUCGGCUAUAUGAGUCUAUCGGGCCCCUUCCCAUCCUGGAUCUCUGGUCGCACCAAGCUCAGAGUAUUAGACGCUGCGCACAACAGCAUCAAUGGCAGCAUACCAGAGUCCAUUGGCAGCACCAUCAACCUCCAUGCCUUCUCCUUUUGGAAGAACAACCUGUCAGGCAACAUUCCCGAGUCCAUAGGCAGCCUCACCAAGCUCAGCAGCCUGGACCUGUCAGACAACCAGCUUGAGGGAACCAUCCCCGAGGGCAUUGGCAACAUGAAGGAUAUUCGGAAACUGGAUCUCUCCGGCAACCACUUGACCGGGACUCUCCCCACCACCCUCUCGCGCCUCUCUGGCCUGUUUCAGCUGUUCCUCAGCCGCAACAACCUGAAUGGCUCAUUUCCUCUCUGGAUUGCAGAGAUGUCCAACAUUGGAUGGCUAUACCUCGGUGACAACAAUUUCUCAGGCCCAGUGCCUGCUGCUCUUGGCGGCUCUAAAGGCCUCGUCUUUCUUGAAAUGUCAGAUUCUGGCCUCACUUGCCCCCCGGAUGCUUCCAGCUGUGUGGUUCGGCAGAUCAACUACAGCGCAUUCUGCCAAGACUGCAAGGCCUUCUGUGCCACGUGCACAAGUGAUAAAUCCCCACCCCCAUCACCACUCGUGGCCUCCCCUCCACCGUCCCCAUCACCCAAUCAAACCCUCAACGCAUCCUCCUCCUCCUCACCCUCCUCCACCUCACUCGCUCCCUCCUCCCAAUCCGGCCUGUCAGUGGGGGCUGUCAUUGGCGUUGUGACAGCAGCCGUUCUGCUCUUGCUUCUCCUGCUCGCCUUAGCUUGGUGGCUUGCCGUCCACUACAAGAUUUCCACAAGAG